UUGCGGUGAAUUUAAUCGGCAGAUGAUCAAUCAAAAUGCUGAUUGUUGGCUAAUUUUGUUAAUUUGGUUAAGUUGAUCCGAAUGGGUGUUGAUAGGAAACAAGUGAAGUUAAUAUUUUAGCAAAACAACGGAAUGAGCAACAUCUCAGUAUCAUUACAUCACUGUAGUGUCACAAAUAAUUUGAAGCUUAAACAUGAUUGUUCAUUAUUUUACAGUUCAUCUUUAUCAUCAUUACAAUUAUCAUUAUCAUCAUCAGCCAUGGAAAUGAUUUUUACCUCCAUUGCUAUCAACUGAACGCUUAUUAUUUUCAGUUUUUUCCCAAUGAAAAAGUGUUUUUAAUAGAGACGAGUUAUUACAGCUAAUGACAAUGAUGACUACUGAUUUCAAAUCAACAAUUCAAUCAGUCAGCCCAAAUCAGUUGCUUAUCAAAUAAUUAUUUGUGUCUAGUUGACGAAACCUGACAAAAUUAGACAUUAAAUUGAAUGUCAACAAAUAAUGUUUACAUUUUCAAUCCAUAAUUGUUAGUUAGAGCUGACGGAUUAUUCAAUAAUUUCAUCAACCAACAUUAAUAUUGCGACUAUUGGUUAAUGGUUAACCAUAGUCUCAACUAAAUCAUGUUAAUUAAUUCAUCCUAACAAAAAAGAUAUUUCUUUCUGUCUCUUUUUUUACCUUUCAUACUUGACAAUUGUGCCUAAAUUGUGUGUUAACAAACAACUAUUAAACCUUUAUCCCAUUAAUCACCAUCCAUUGACUGUUGCCUGAUUAGAAUCGUUCUCGUGGAUUAACAACUUAUCAACCAUUCUCUUGGUUUGACCCUUAUUCAACAAUGGACGGACUAUUCCGUGGUCUAUCCAAAUUGGUUAAAAUUACUCCAGUUACAAAUGACGACAUUGUCUUUCGCCUUCAUCGACAAUUGACUGUUUUAAUACUCUUUGCAUUCUCGAUAAUAGUAACUGCUCGCCAAUAUAUUGGUGAUCCAAUUGAUUGUUUAACCAAAACUGAGAUUCCCUCGGAUUUAUUGGACACUUAUUGUUGGAUCCAUACAACAUUUAGCAUUGAAAGUGCCUGGAAUAAGACGAUUGGUGUUGAAGUUCCAUAUCCAGGAGUUGCUAAGCAGACUAAAGAUGAUACCCGAGUUCAUCAUCACUAUUACCAAUGGGUUUGCUUUUUCCUCUUCAUUCAAGCUUUGCUUUUUUAUUUUCCUCGCUUCUUGUGGAAAUCAUUUGAGGCUCGUCGAUUAAACUCAAUUGUUAUGGACCUUCAUUCACCCAUUUUAUCUAAUGAGGAGCGAACUCGUCAAAUUAGCAUCUUUGUAAAAUAUUACAUUGCCCAUUUAGGUUAUAAUGGCAUCUUUACUUUUCAAUACUAUCUCUGUCAAAUACUUUGCUUUGUCAAUGUGAUCUGCCAAAUGUGGUUAACCGAUUGGUUUCUGGGUGGCGAGUUUACCCAAUAUGGUUGGAAGGUUUGGCUGUUUACCGAUGAAACCGAUCCAGGAUUACGGUUUGAUCCAAUGGUCAAAGUAUUUCCAACCAUUACCAAAUGUAUCUUCUAUAAAUAUGGACAUUCCGGUGAUAUUGAAAAAUUUGACACCAUUUGUAUCCUCAUUGUUAAUAUACUCAAUCAAAAGCUCUACUUUUUCCUCUGGAAUUGGUUCUGGUUCUUGUCCGUAAUUACUGGAGCUUGGUUAAUUUACAGAUUCCUUCUCGUCUUUUGGCCUCAAACACGAUCAUUGGUUACCCGAGGACGAUCCAAGAUGAUUCGUAAUGAUGAUGAAUUGAAGACGGUUUUAAGAUCAAUUAGUUUUGCUGAUUGGUUUGUCCUUGAUUUUGUUGCCAUCAAUGUUGAUUCAAUGAAUUUUAAAGAAAUUAUCGGCGAAUUGGCUAAACAUUUCAAACCUAAAGGAAAUAAAGGAAACCAGAAAACAAUUGAUUAGAGACGAUAAACCAAAUUAAAUGUUUAAAUUAAUUCACUAGGUUAAAUUAAUUAUAAUAAUACACAGUAAACACUAUUAAUUUAUAAUAAUAAUGUAUUUUACUUAAAUGGUGAAAUAAUCAAUUCAAAGAUUGCAUGUGAUAAAUGACAAUGAAUUUCGAGUAGUUGACAACAAAGAUAGUUUUUUAAUGUUAACUGGACAAUUGUGACCAAUGUAAUUGAUUCUCAUUUUUUACUUUUAUUUUUUUAUUCAAUGUGUAAUAAAAAGCAAAAUGAGGGACAAUAAAAAUUGUAAUUUAAAACGA